CACAGUUCUCGGAACUGCUCAGCCCUGAGGCAGCGAGUGCACGAGCCAGGAAGGCGAGCAAGCCCCAAGCCGGAGCCCAGCCGGGAGAAAGAUGAACACUUUAUUAAGACACAUCUCUAAGGGAAGCAGAAAGCUGUGCUAAGAAGCUUUGUGGAUCCAGAAUGUAUUUGAAUGCAAUGCUUCUGGGAUUACCAGAUCCUGUCGUUUGAUCACCGUCCUCAACACCAUGGAUUUGCAUCUGUUUGACUACCCGGAACCAGCGAACUUCUCCGACAUGAGCUGGCCAUGCAACAGCAGCGACUGCAUCGGCGUCGACAUGGUGCUGUGUCCCAACAUGCCCAACAAAAGCAUUCUGCUGUACACGCUGUCCUUUAUCUACAUUUUCAUUUUUGUGAUUGGCAUGAUCGCCAACUCCGUGGUGGUCUGGGUGAACAUCCAGGCCAAAACCACAGGCUACGACACACACUGUUACAUCUUAAACCUGGCCAUCGCCGACCUGUGGGUGGUGGUCACCAUCCCGGUCUGGGUGGUCAGCCUCGUGCAGCAUAACCAGUGGCCCAUGGGAGAGCUCACGUGCAAGGUCACUCACCUCAUCUUCUCCAUCAACCUCUUCGGCAGCAUCUUCUUCCUCACGUGCAUGAGCGUGGACCGCUACCUCUCUAUCACCUACUUCAACAACACCUCGAGCCGCAAGAAGAAGAUAGCUCGCCGAGCGGUCUGCGUCCUGGUGUGGCUGCUGGCCUUCUGCGUGUCGCUGCCUGACACCUACUACCUGAAGACCGUCACGUCGGCCUCCAACAACGAGACCUACUGCCGGUCCUUCUACCCCGAGCACAGCGUCAAGGAGUGGCUGAUCAGCAUGGAGCUGGUCUCUGUCGUCUUGGGCUUCGCCAUUCCUUUCUCCGUCAUCGCCGUCUUCUACUUCCUGCUCGCCCGGGCCAUCUCCGCGUCCAGCGACCAGGAGAAACACAGCAGCCGGAAAAUCAUCUUCUCCUAUGUGGUGGUCUUCCUCGUUUGCUGGCUCCCUUACCACAUCGUGGUGCUCCUGGACAUCUUCUCCAUCCUCCACUAUAUCCCCUUCACCUGCCAGCUGGAGAACUUCCUCUUCACGGCCCUGCACGUCACUCAGUGCCUGUCUCUCGUGCACUGCUGCGUCAACCCCGUGCUUUAUAGCUUCAUCAACCGUAACUACAGGUACGAGCUGAUGAAGGCCUUCAUUUUCAAGUACUCGGCCAAGACAGGUCUCACCAAGCUCAUCGAUGCCUCCAGAGUGUCGGAAACAGAGUACUCCGCUUUGGAGCAGAGCACCAAAUGAUACGCUCUGCAGAGUCUCCAGGACACGUGGGCCUGUUUUCAACAGAGCACUGGGCUGCAUCCUUUUCAAGAGUAAAGCCGAGUGGGUUUGGGGCUUGAUGCCUGAGUAGCCUGGAGAGGGGAACGGGCGUCACUGUGCAUCCUUUCUCUCUCGUGCCAAUGUGGCUGUCGCGUGGCUGUGCCUUCUAAUGCGUUUGCAUCACCACAGGACUAUUUGUCAAAGCCAGCUGUGGGAUAGGAUUGCCUGUACUUCUGUAAAAUAGGACUUUCUGUGUUUCCUGAAGGUUUUAUAUGGUGAUUUGUAUUUAAAUUUUAAGACUUUAUUUUCUCACUCUUGGUGUACCUUAUAAAUGUAUUUGAAAGUUUAAAUAUAUUUUAAAUAUCGUAUGGGAGGUAUAAUGCUGACAUAUAUUCAGAGUCUUGUAGUUUUAAGAUUAGUUGGACGUCAGUGUUGACUAAGGAUGACAUUAAUUGUUAGCUGUUUUGAAAUUAUAUAUAUAUAUAUAUAUAUAUAAAUAUAUAAAUAUAUAAAUAUAUGCCAGUCUUGGCCGAAAUGUUUUAUUGACGAUAGUUUUAUAUCUGCGUGGUGCUUUGUGCCAGCCUGAGGGAUGGACCGAAACUGCUCUGUCAUGCAGUUGGUGACAUUAGUAGUGUCGUAAAGUUGCAUUUAAAAAAACGAAACAAAGCAAAACUGUUCCAGGCUGCAAGGCCAGGCAACACGAACAGUUGUAUUUCAGAGAGUCCUCUCGAUUUGUAAGUUAUUUUUUUUAAUAAAGAUCUUUCUUUUCCUAAAAA